AUGUGGGAUACCACGACGGGUGACAGACGACAGACGGAGCUGUUGGAAAGCGUGACAGACGCCGCCUUGUUGAACCAAACCUCCAACGUGCUGAUCUUCACCCUGCCCGAGAACUACUCUCUCCUCCUCACCGUGUUCUGUACGCUGGGGAUUGUGGGUAACGUCCUGAACCUGAUCGUCUUCUGCAAGCUGGGGUUCCGUGACGCCAUCAACAUCAGCCUCCUGGCACUGACCGUCUCAGACAUCGGCUCGCUGCUGACCCUGCAGUGGAUGAUGCUCUGCUACUACCCCCCGUUCUUCACCUCCGACCUCCCGUUCGACUCUCGCGAGAUCGAGAACAUCACCGGAAGUUGGCCUCGCAUUUGUUUCAUCCGGGUCACCGGUUUCGUCACAGCCUAUUUCACCAUAGAGCGCUGCGUCUGCAUCGCCCUGCCACUUCAAGUCAAACACAUCCUCACCCCUUCCAGAACGUUCUGCGUCAACGUGUUCAUUUACCUCUUCAUGAUCGCCAGCGUUCUUCCCAUCUUCCCCGUGACGUCAUUCGUGUGGAGGUCAUCCCCCCUCACAAACCGCACAAUCCUGGGUCUCAGGUUCGAAGAUUCCAGAGAUCACGUGGCCAGCCUGCUUUACGCACUCAACAGCUUCUACGGACUGGUCACGUUCGUGAUCAUCAUCCUCGCCACGUCAGUCCUGGUCGUUCAACUCAACCGGAUGUCAAAAUGGCGCCAAAAAUCCGCGCCGGCCAAUCAGACGCAAUCGAUAUCGACGAGAGAUCGAACCGUGACGAAGAUGGUGACGUUGGUAUCCACGGCUUUUAUCGUCUGCUUCUCGCCUGGCACCGUGUCCUUUGUCUGCACGCUGCUGAGUCCCGAGUUCCGUCUAGACGGCCAGUACAAAGACGUGCUGCUCGGCUUGGUGUUUUCCGGCGAGUUCCUGGAGACUGUCUACUCCUGCACAACUUUCAUCAUUUACCUAAACACUAGUUCUAAAUUUAGAAAUGCUUUCAUGGCUAUGAUUGUGUGCACUCCGCAAAAGCCGAAGAAGUUUCCAGACGUUUCCCAGCGCUUUAGACGGAAUGACACGGACGUUGACUUGAGAUCAGAAUCAGACUAA